CGAGGCCCGCCCGGCAUGUCCCCUCGGCGCCCUGUCCUACUAGGGCCGAGCUCCGCCGAGAGAAGGGGGCCUGGACCCUGGGUGUUCACAAGAAUGGAAGCACUGUUUCCUUGCCAGAUUCCUUAUUGCUACAUUUCAUGAAUCUACAUAAUCUUGGGGAAGAGCCUGCAUUCAAUGAUGACACACCUGUCACCAGUAGAACAACCACAGUCCCAGGGAAAAAGAUAAAAAUAAAGAAGUCUUUACAUUUAUAUUCAACAAAGGAGUCAUUUCCAUCAACAACUUCUGCUGCGUUAUUUUUCCAAGAUGAACCGAUACACGACCAUGAAACAGUUGGGGGAUGGCACAUAUGGCAGCGUGCUGAUGGGCAAGAGUAACGAAUCCGGGGAGCUGGUGGCCAUCAAAAGGAUGAAGAGAAAGUUCUAUUCUUGGGAUGAAUGUAUGAACUUGAGAGAAGUUAAGUCGCUAAAGAAGCUGAACCACGCCAACGUGAUCAAACUAAAAGAAGUUAUCAGAGAAAAUGACCAUCUCUAUUUUAUAUUUGAAUAUAUGAAAGAAAACCUCUAUCAAUUAAUGAAAGACAGAAACAAGCUGUUCCCUGAAUCAGUCAUAAGAAAUAUUAUGUAUCAAAUAUUACAAGGACUGGCAUUCAUCCAUAAACAUGGAUUUUUUCAUAGGGAUAUGAAACCAGAAAACUUGCUUUGUAUGGGUCCAGAACUUGUGAAAAUUGCUGACUUUGGACUUGCAAGAGAAUUAAGAUCACAGCCACCAUACACUGAUUAUGUAUCUACCAGAUGGUAUCGUGCUCCUGAAGUUUUAUUAAGAUCUUCAGUUUACAGCUCUCCCAUUGACGUGUGGGCUGUAGGGAGUAUAAUGGCCGAACUAUAUACAUUAAGACCACUUUUCCCAGGGACAAGUGAGGUCGAUGAGAUCUUUAAGAUUUGCCAAGUUUUAGGGACCCCCAAAAAAAGUGACUGGCCAGAAGGACACCAGCUUGCAUCCUCUAUGAAUUUCCGCUUUCCCCAGUGUGUUCCUAUAAACUUAAAAACUCUUAUUCCCAAUGCCAGUCAUGAAGCUAUUCAGCUAAUGACUGAAAUGUUAAGUUGGGAUCCAAAGAAGCGGCCGACAGCAAGCCAGGCACUGAAACACCCAUAUUUUCAAGUUGGUCAAGUAUUAGGCCCUUCCUCACAUCAUCUGGAAUCAAAACAAUCUUUAAAUAGCAAGCAGGUGGAGCCACCAGAAUCGAAGCCAUCCUUGGUUGAUCCAGAGUCUAAGCCUCUGCCAGACAUAAAUGAUCUGACUGUCAGACAGCCCCCGCCGAAAAACAGACACCAGCCGCUGCAGUCCAUCCAGCUGCCACAGGACACGGGUGACCUACAAGCACCAAGGCAACAGGGUCAGCAGAAUCCGCCGCAAACGCUGUUUCCGAGCAUCGUCAAGAACAUACCAGCCAAGCCAAAUGGCACACUGGCUCACAAAAGUGCUAGGAGGCGUUGGGGUCAGAUGGUGUUCAAGUCUGGAGACAGCUGGGCAGAACUCGAGGACUAUGAUCUUGGAGCCUCCCAUUCCAAGAAGCCAAGCAUGGGUGUAUUCAAAGAAAAGAGGAAAAAAGAUUCUCCGUUCCGGCUUCCAGAGUCGGUGCGCUCAGGCUCCCACCACUCAGCAGGGGAAAACAAGAGCUUACCCGCUGCUGUUUCCCUGAAAUCAGAUUCGGAACUGUCAACUGCUUCCACCGCUAAGCAAUACUACUUGAAGCAAUCAAGAUACCUUCCAGGUGUUAAUCCCAAGAAUGUGUCCUUGGUAGCCAGUGGAAAGGAUAUAAACCCAUAUACUUGGAGUAAUCAGUUAUUUCCUAAGUCACUGGGACCCAUGGGGGCAGAACUUGCUUUCAAAAGGAGUAAUGCAGGAAAUCUUGGAAGUUAUGCUACUUACAAUCAGUCAGGAUAUAUCCCUUCCUUUCUCAAAAAAGAAGUGGGGUCCGCUGGCCAGAGGAUACACUUAGCACCUCUCGGUGCAACACCUUCAGAUGUUCCUACAGAUGGUGACAGGAGGAAAGAAUAUACCUGGAACACAAAACCCAGUCGGGGGCAGUUUUCAGGACCUACUUACAAUGCUACGGCCAAGAAUCUCAAUAUUGUGAACCGCGCGCAGCCUGUUCCCUCAGUGCACGGGAGGACAGACUGGGUGGCCAAGUAUGGCGGCCACCGGUAGGAGUCUGGUGCAAAGUCCCACAGCAUUGCUCCAUAGAGUCCCUGCAAGUCCCCUGACCCUGGGAAAUGUCUACAGAUGUCUAUUUCUACAGAGUUCUGGAAGAAAUAUGCAGCAGUGGGUACUCUGAAGAGCAAAAAUCAUCUCCUAUUUUAUUUCUCUCCUAGAAAUGAAAUCCAAUUUCUUAGCAUCAGUUGCUCACAGUGCUGAUAUACGGGUAGGACUUUACAAAGUAUUGAAUAAACUAUUUGCCAAAGUA